AUCUGUAGAAUUCUGAAUUUGUUGAUCUGUUGAGGGAUACCAAACUGCAAACAGAAUUCCUACCAUACUUCAUCAAUAGCCUGAGAGAUCAGACGGCUCACCUAGUAUGCAGGGGAUCGUCUGCUGUUUCUUCCCCAGCAAGGACACCAAGCAGCUUACAAAAACUGAAAAGAGCCAGUCAAACACGUCCUCAGCGCAGUGAAGGUUCAAAGGUCAAUCGUACACAACUGUUUGCUACUGGUAACCGCCAGUCCAGCUGGUCAGAAAAAGAUUUCACCCCUGUUUCAAGAUUCCCAGCUGAAGAACAAUCGCCACAUACUCCACCAUCAAAGACAGAUGGAAGACAUGGGAGAAAAGUGUCUUGGAGCGGUGGUGAUACAGGCUCCAGGAGGAAGACCCCUGGAUCUGGAUCACGGAAGGAUGAAUCUAUGACUCUCGCCCAGUUUUUGGUUACUCCUGAAAGCCAGUCAAGAGGAAGGGGCAGAAAGAGUCCUUUUGGAGACUCCAACUGUGACAGUUCAUCUUCACAUAAAGGCUCAUCAAAUAAACGUCGCUCAGGAGGUAAAGGAAAGCAGGUGGGACAGAAUGAGAGCAGUGGCUCAAAAGGACAUAACAAACUGAAGUAUAUUGACAAACCUCCUGUGUUUGAUUUGGAAAAUGCCCUAGAAUUCCCUCCAAUGGGGGCUAAUACAACAAGAACAGUCACACCAAGGAGGAUAACUCCAACUGCAGUAUCUACCAGUAGCGGAGACAGGCGAAGAGUCACCACACUCCUUUCUCCAGCCUCUUCUUGCCAGGGUCAAAAUCCCCAGACCAAUGCCUUUAAUCCGCCUGUCAGUCAGACCACAGCAACUAAAAGAGACACUUACGAAAUGAAAAAAUCUCUUGAAAGCGAGAGGGAGUUACUGAAGCAGGAAAAGAUGAAACAGAGAACUCAACCAGAAAUAAGUCCAUUUUCUCAAAAUGCAUUAGGACAGUCCCCAAGAGGAAUGUCUAUUUUUCAGUCUCCAAAGGGUACAACCUUGGCUCACACUCCAACCAAACUUAUGCGCAGUAAUUCAGUUUCAAGCAUGACAGAGGCAAUACCACCUGAUGUGGAAAAAGUUACAAGGCAUGACAAACUGGACCUCAUAGCAGAACUCUACGCAUCAUUUCUGCAAGAAAGCCUUGUGCCCAAUUUGGCUGUGGAAUUGUACUUCCUGAUUCAGCUUUUGACAGCUAAGGGUAGCAAACUUGAUGAAGAUGAGGGUAUACAUUCACUGGAAGAUGAUAUUGAAGACAUCAAUUAUCUCUCAACAAUCCAUAAUUGUGUGUACUUUGCUGCAGCAGUGCUUGGCAGGCUGGUUGUAGUGCUAUCUCUGCUUGACAAGAGCACCUUGCGCCUCUUGGCAGACAGCUCAGUAGUCUCUCAGUUCAAUCCCAAGCUGAAGACUAUGCUCGAACAGGUCACCAAUCAUUGCCCAUUGGAGUCUGGACUUCAAGCUGCUAUCACAUCCCCCAUGCAGGUUGUCCCUUUCUUGGCUGAUACAGACAACAGACAGAACUUCCCUAGUGAUACAUCCUUCCACAGCUUCAAGAAACAGAGAGAUGGAUUCUACAGUUUGGUUCGAGACUGGGAAGAUAAUCACAAUAAACCUGGUUGGAAGCUGCAAGAUAAACUUACUCACAAGAUCAGGGAUUUAGUGAAACAUAUGGAUGUGACAAACUACACUCACUUCUCAAGGCUGUUUCAGUCACAAUUGAUCAAGAUGUGCCAAGGUGAUAGUUCCGUGGUCGAUAGCGGAGAUUCUCAGGAAUUCAGUUUCAUCCAGCAGCUCAGGAGAACGAAUCCAGGAAAAUUCAAAAGGUUAGAGGAGCGUUUCUCAACCCCCACGUCAUCCGGUGGUCCAUGUCCACCUCCUUCAUUCCAAGGUUGUCAAGAAUUCUUUAGAGAUUUCAUCCUAGCUACAAACAGUUACACAUUCAACCAACAUUUGAUGGACAGCUUUUCAACUAAGCUCAUUGAGCUGAAUGACAUACAGCUUCCAAUUGCUGAUCAGGUUGAUAUGAAUUCUGUCGUUGAUGCGGAGGCACGAGAAAACUUCAGUUCCUGUUUGUUAUCUCUUCGAGUGUUGUCCAAGUUCUUGGGGUUCCUAGUCUUCUUACCAUACCAAGGUGAUGGUCAUCUACCUGAUAUCAUGAAAGAUAAUGUCAUCACAAUGAGGAGUAGGGCACCUCUUACAGUUGAUAUUCUAGGGUGUUUGUCUCUAUCGGACUCAAAGCAGCGUUUGAUCCUUACUUUACCAUGGGUUGUAGAGUAUCUGAGUAUGAUGGAUGGUUUGGCCUCUCAGAUACCAGUUUAUCACCAAACACUCAGUUUACUAGGAGAUAUUCACAGGAGAGUGUCUGUACAAUGGUCUGAGAAUCCUGACAACCAUAAUUCACUUCUUAUUCUUCUUCUGUUAGGAUGGCUGUUUGAGAACCCAGCUCUGCCCAGUAAUCUACACCUGACGAGCGGUGUGAGUGUUGAUAGAGAUAGUCAUAGUACUAAGCCAGGAUCUGACCAGUCUUUAGACCCCCUUCCUCUGGUUGAUAGGCACGUACUAUAUACAUGCUGUCCCUUCUUAGGUGAUUUGAGAGGACUAUUAUCAGAAGCUAGUAUGGGAAUGAAUAAUAGGAAUGCCCCGGUCAAGAAGAUUACUCCUAUAACAGUGGAUGUACCACAGACAGCCAUUAUCACUGAACACCAAAUACAGGUUGAACUUGAAAAGAAUUUCUUCCACAUCCAUUCUGCUUCCCUGAAGAAGAGCGUUGAGUUUGUGAGUGGGCGUGUGGCCUCCAACUGCAUCAAGUAUAUUGAUGGAUCACUAGUCUCUUCAGCCAGGCUCCAGAUCCCAAACCUAUUAACUGACAUGUUAGUUUCAUCCAGUAGCAAGAAAGAGACUGGGGCUUUGGCAGCCAAGGCUAAGGGCGUUGGAGAGAAACUGAGUGUGGAGAUUGCAGAGAAUGCCAAAAAAGUAGCAAAAGAGUUUAUCAAGAAGCGAAGUAGAUCAGCUCUUGAUGUAUUGCUACCCUGUGAUACAUCAGAAUCAGUAUUGGAUACUGCUUGUGCUAUCACCACUAGACUUGCCUUAGAACGAACAGAGAAAUGGAUUACUACACAAAUACCAAGUGCCUUACAACAGGAGGUGAUGUUGCAGCUACCCAAGUGCCUUAGAGCUCAGAGUACUCAACAAACCAAGAAAGACUCAACCAAUAGGAAGAUACCUGACAAACCAGCUACCCAUGACAGACAGGGGGCGUGUCCUUCAGCCGUCAUUCAAGAACUCAAGGACUGUGUACAUCAAGUGUUAAUUGGAGACACUAAUGGCUACACUGCUGAAAGUAUAUCUUCAUCCAUGAGUAACGUUCACUUCAUGAUCAACAACAGACAGGAUCUUACCCCAUUGGCAUACCAAGCUAUCCAUCAGCUCACGGUAGAACUUUGUGUAGGCUUGGCUAUGAGACAACCAACUCUUCUUCAGACCUCGAUCUUUAGUUCGCAAACGGUCUCUCAAAGGGAAAGCUCUAGUGUUCAGUCAAUGGACAGUCGUGCAAUUGACAAGAACUGUAGCAGUAGCAACAUAAUUGAUACAGAGAAUGUCAAAGAACAAUGCAAGGACUUGGUUUGUUCCACACAAGGAGUAGUUGUAGGGAAGCAGUGCAAUAACAAUGAGAGUGGUUCACACUCACAUCUUGGAGGUAGUGGGCAAGUUAUUAAGUGCAAUAUGGAGGAACAACAGGGUAUGGAGGAAGGAGUUUUCACCAGUCUCAUUCAUGGACAUACAAGAACUGGUAACAAUGUUCGAAGUGAAGGAGAUGUACAUGAAGGUGAAGAGAAGGAAAGAGAUGUGACUUUACACCGGUCUGAUACGCUUUUAGAAAGACUGAUGAGUUUGUGGAAGGAUGAUUUUUCUUUGAGUAUUUCACUAGGAGCCAUGUUGAGUGCUAGGACAGCUUGGAUGAUAUCACGUAAUGAUGACCCACAGGUAUCCUGGCAUUGUCUAAUCAGUGUUGUCAAGUCCCUUCUUGAGUGCCAUCUGGUCAGUAUUGGGGCUGUCCAAUCGGCUUUGAGCAAGAUGAUGAUGUCAUCAUACAUUCCACCAAUCACAGAGGAUUUAGCAAGAAGUCUAUUAACUCUGGUUAGAGAUGAUGAAAUUGGAAAAGAUGAGAAUGCUUUGAAUGUGUUGAGGGCAGUUUGCACAGAAGCAAGGGAGAAAGAAGAUUCAUACAGCUGAUGAAUGCCACUAUGGGAGUACAUUAAAGACCAGUGCCAAUCUAACAAAAGAUUAUUUUAAUGAAUAUGAGUGUUGAACAAGCGCAGGACUAAAAGUAUUGAUGUUAUUAUUAGGAACAUUUUAAAAUUUCUACUAUUUCAUGAAAUUAUAUUUGCACCACACAGGCUUUAUGGGAAAUAUGGGAGCCAAUGAUGUCACUCAUUAUCACUCACUUUGCCUUUUGUUUCAUUUUAAAUGGGUUACUCUGCCAAGAGUUUUUUUUUUGGACAUAUUGAUUUUCAUGAAAAUAAUAUUUUGCUCUAUUUAUUUAAAACAACUUGUAGUUGGCUGGACUGGACUGCAUUUUAGGAUCUCACCACUUAUGGACAUAUAUUUUCAUAGAUCCCAUUCAUUUUGUAUUCAGAAAAAUCAUCUUCAUCAGUGGGGGGGGGGGGGUAGUUGGUAAGUUAAAUAUUUUGCAUACAUAAAUAUUUUGAAAUCACUUUGUUCCUCGUUCAUUUUCCAUCAAUUUUCUUGGUGCUAACAUUUUUGGUUAGUAGCAAUUUGCAAUUUCCUUUACAUGUACUGUAAAAUGAUAUCACAAUAGUUUUUAAAAAGUAUAAUAUAAAUAGAAUUUAAAUAGUAUUUGUAUUGAAAAUAUCAUUUUUUCUUUAAUUUAUCCUUUUAGGAAAUAUUUGUUGAUCAGUCUUGUUCAACCACAUUAGUGAAAUUAGUGAGACAGGUGACGUAAGUACAAUAUAAAUGUGGGUACCCAGUUACUCACAUUGAAUUAAUGAGCACGCUAGACUGCAAAAUUUAAUUCACCUGGCAGGAUUUUCCCUAAAACUGGAUCAAAAGUUAUUGAACCACAAUGAUGUCAUAUGAUCAACCACCUACAAAACUGGGACACUCUAUAAUUGCCAAAAAAUAAAACCUUGCAUGUUAUAUAUUUUAUUAUUGCUUGACAAUACAACUAUUUCUGAAAUCAUUUUAGGCUAAUCAUUUAUUUUUUUUAAGUCAAGAAGAUUUACAAUUUAUAAUCCAAAAUAAGAAAGUCUUAAAUAUUUAGGUUAAUAAAUCAUUCAUGGCUUCAUGUAUGUAAUAAUGUAAGUUUUAAAGGGCAUUUUCAUUCAAAACUACCUACAUGUACAUCAUAGCUUUUUGGUAGGGGGAUCAGAUUUCUGCUUCAAAUGUUAGAAGCUUUUUAAAUUUUUAUGUCAUUGUUAUUGUCAUAUAUAUACAGUGGUGCUAAAAAGUUAGUGAACAGAAAGUGCAUUUCUUCUUGCUGAGUGUUGAACGUAUAAACAACAACGCUACAAUGACCAGAGAGUCCAGAGAAAUAAACUAUAUUGAAUGUAAUAUUGUAUCACUUGACUUCAGUUAAAUAUCUAAACGAUGGCAGAACUUGAACACUUUUAGAUCUGUUCAUUUUCUGGUGGGGUUCACUAACUUUUUAGUACCACUAGAUGUAUAAUAUAGGGCACUUCAUUUUUUUAUUUAAUGAUAUACUUAGUUUUGGUUAUAUUGAUUUUCUUUCUGUGUUAUUGCAACGUAAAUUCAUAUCAAAUUAUUUUUUGAUGUUCUAAUAUAAUGAUUAAAGGAGUACUCCGCGCUGAAUAUUUUAUAUCUAAAUAAAACAAUUCGUUGAAAUCUGAUAAUAGCGAAGUUAUUGAAUUUUAAAGUUUAGCAAUAUAUUGCGAAAACAGUUAUAUGCGCAUCGUCAUAGGUUGGCUAAUGUCACAUCCCCACUUUCCUUUUCCUUAUUUUGUUACAUGAAAUCAUAAUUUUCAUUUUUCAUACAUGUGUGAAUGAUAUGUCUCCCUUGUAAUGAAAUAAGUUGCAGCAAUGAAUAUCUAAAAAUGCACUAAAUCAGUUGUCAUUCCAAUUUAUUAGUUCUUGAAGGAAAAAAAUGAAUAAACCUUAUUUCAUGUAAUAAAAUACAAAAGAACAAGUCGGGAUAUGACAUCAUCAGUUUGCUCAUUGAAUAUUCAUGAAAACAUUGCCUAAAACUGUUUUACCGGAAUAAUGCAAAUAUUUAAAGUGCCAUAACUUUGUUAUUCCUUGUCUGAUUUUAAUACUUUGAGUGUUUGUUUGACUUAUUUAUCUUUUUCUGUUCAAAUAAUAAUUUUCAGCCUGGAGUACCCCUUUAAAUCUAAAUUGAAUGAAAAAUAAAUAGCAAUUCAAUGCAGCGAUGUAUGAUGGGACAGAUCUGCCAAAAGACUUGUUUAAAAACCCCUUCAUAGUACAAAGUAAAAACAAUAUUAAUGAAUGUCUAUUUUGCAAUGACGGUUUAUGUGAAUUGAAAUACUAUUAUCAUUUUCAAACUCAUCAUUCACUAUCAAAACCACUAUUCACAGUGGGAUGAAUAUUCAAUAAGUAGAAAAGGUUAUAUAUUUUCAUUUGGCAUUGUGCAAUUCAAACAACUUUUAUUUUUCUUGAACAUUACCGCAUAUAGCAUUUGUCAUUUCUUAUGAAUACAUAAUCUUAAAUACAUGUAUUUGCUAUUAAUGGACUUCUAAGUCCAUUAUAAAGAAAAAUUUUAUGCAGGUCUAAACAAAACUACAUUCUGGAAUGAAUUUGUAUUUAUCCUGCAUUUUCACUGUACAGCUACAAAAUAUCUUAUUUCUUUCCUUUUGCCUACUCUUACCCCCACUGUGGACCACUCAAAUGGUCUUACAUGUACAGGGUUAUCAGCCCUUGGCAUCAAAUAUUUAUUUACAUAGAACUGCCCAUCAAUGGCACAAGGAAGCAAGUAACAUAAUAACCAAAAUUGAGGUUUUUGGUAAAAAUGCAUUUCACGUAGUAUGCUCUACCAGGCAGUUUCAUUAAGCUAUUCAUAAGGUAUGAGCAACUUUAUGAACAACUGGUGACCCUUUCUGAUUGUCAUUGGUUUUUAUUUAUCUCCUAGUAAAGGGUCACCAGUCAUUUGUUAAGUCGCUCGUAAAUGACAACCACCUUUUUGAAACACCCACCAGGCCAAAUUUUAAUUUGUAUCACCCUGCCAAGAGAUGUGUUCCGCAAGACAAUGUGGUUUCAUCUCUUACUGCAAAUGUCACUUUUGUAACUUGCUAUCUUUUGCUUCUGUAUGCCAGUGAAGAGCAGAACACACCACUAUUAAAGGUUAACUCUAUGAUUGAUUGUAUUUCUUGUGUAAUAGGGCCCAGAUGACAUUAAGUGAUAAGAAUUGGAGUGUCCUUAAUUUCAUUGAAUGAAUAUCAUUCUGUUACAACCAAAAAAUAAUAAAAUU